AUGACAAUACGAGUAAAAAAUCUAAGCGAGGUUCUUGAGGCACGAGCCAAACUUGCAGCAUCACGAGGGUUUACGAUCGAGUACCAAAGGGAGCAGGAACAAUCAGAGAAUUGUAUCACGCUGCCCGACCGGGCACCCCCUACUCACGAUAAAUACGAUCGUGCAGUGUAUAACUGGGUUCUCUUCAAGCUUUCCCGAGGAGAACCAGUUGAUAUUGAAAGUAUGAAAGAUGAGCCAGCACCAUCACCUCAAGUCUUGAAGUCCUUUGCGGAAUAUUUUGUUACCACGCGGAAGAAAUUGCCCUGCCAGAAAACAACAUGUGAUCACUUUAUCAACUUUACUUCAUAUUGGGAACGCACUACAGUCCGGACGCUCGACAAAACUGUUAAAGACGAUGUUCUUAAUCAUAUCGAAUUCCAUUUGAAGUGGGGCAGGGAACCAGGGACUAUCAAACGAUGGGUCACAAUCGAACCCGAGUUCUUAAAGGGAUACCGACUCCAAGACGAUACCACUCUACCAAAAAAUUGGUUUCGAGAGCACCCGGUACUAGGAUCAAAUUUCAUUUUCUGGGUUAUUGUCCACGGCAUCGCGGAUAAUGCAUUCAAGAACAUUUCCAGUGUCGAGCAACUAUUAGCGCAGCACCCACCGAAAGGGCGAGAGUCGUGGACUCUUCAAUGGACGGAAGACACGAAAAAUCUUCCUUUCUUUAGAAUGGUUACCCCCGAAGGGCCUUCAAAGGAUAAAGCAUUGACAUUCGCAUCACUACGCCAUAACAACAUCAGCCUAGCCAGGCGAGAUGGCUUUAAAGACCCACUACGUGUACACGGCAUUCGAGGAGGUGUUGCUAAUAAGAUUGAUGGGCGAGCGUCUGAGGCUACUCGUAGCCAAGCACUUGAUCACCAAAACCCUGAUACCUUUCUAAAAUAUCAGUCUGCUUUGAAAGCAUCGGAUGUUCAGGCAUCGUUCUAUGACUUAGAACCGGACUUUGAGUGCCGAGAUAUGGAACAAAGCAUGGCUCACCACCGCGAUCCCAAUGCUCCUAUCUCUCUGAAUGCAGCUGCUCGUGAAGCGUUCUCACAGAGUGAGGAGAUUGCGAUAAUUGACGCAGAGAUUGUCCUACUUACAAAGCAAAUUGCCGGCAAACCUAAGGAUCACCCAGAGCUCGAUGCUAAACGUACAAAACUUUAUAGUACAAAAGCCAACAAACUUGAGGCCUGCAAAUUAUCGUUUAUUUCCGCCUGGUGGGAUGCUUCGUAUGAUGCGUAUAUGGCAGGGAAUGAAUUUGAAGAACGUGACAAAACUUGUGUCCUUGAGAUACUGGAGAAAUACAUUCCGCAGCGGGCGCGUCUUAAAGAAAACCUAUUUACAGAGGCAACUCUUGAUAGUGUUAUUGGUCGUCAAUGCUUGCUAGAUAUGAUUCACCUAUGCCAGAACACUGAAAGGGUCGUCUACUACCCUGGAUUGUGUCCUGAAGGUGGCCUGUGUCCAAUUUGCAAAACGAGCAUGUCGAGCAGCGAUACACGAAUGGCAAACGCGCUCAUCGCCGAGCUCAGCGGAAUUUCGCUCAGUUUUGUUAUCUAUGCGCGGAAUUUUACCACGACCAACAAAGCUGGACACAGCAUUGCAAAUCGCACCUUGACAGUCUCAGACCUCGAUGUGGCCUCAUGA